AUGGAUAUUGAGUUCGUAACUAUUAUCCGUGAUCUGCAAAGUGCAUUCGACAACCAAACCAUCAAACCGUUAUAUAUUAGGCGAAGAAUGGAGUCUUUCGAUUGGCGGAACUACUAUAGUGUUGAAGACAUUUUUAGUUGGCUCAGGGAUCUUAGUGAAAAGUUUCCAAAAGAAGUCAAAUUGAGUAAGAUUGGAGAGAGUGUUCAAAACAGGAAUAUACUUGCAGUCACAAUUGAAUUAGCGCCACCUACACUGAGGAGAAGAUCCGUGGUGGUCGUUGAAGGAGGUUGCCAUGCCAGAGAAUGGAUUUCACCUGCAUUCGUUACGUAUUUAAUAAAUAACAUAGUAAACUCUAAAAAGUCCACCAAUGAAGAAUUGAAGACGGUAGCUCAUGCGCAUAAAUGGGUCUUCGUUCCUCUACUAAAUCCAGAUGGAUAUGCUUAUUCACAAAUGACUGAUCGUUUAUGGAGAAAAAAUCUCAAUGGUGUUGAUUUAAAUCGAAAUUUUGGUGUCGCACACGGGAGGUUUGGUGCACAAGCAACAAAAGAAUCUGAAGAUUAUUGUGGAGACGCACCUUUCUCUGAGCCCGAAUCGUCAGCAUUAGCAUCAUUUUUAAGAGACCAUAGCGACACGCUGGAGUAUUAUAUUUCUUUUCAUUCGUACGGCCAGUACAUUGUUAUCCCUUACGCGUUUGAAAAAGAGCAUAUGGAUAACUAUGAUGUUGUGAAACCGUAUGCUGAUAAAAUAGCAACACGGUCAUCCAAAAAUCACGGUAUCCAUUAUUUUGUAGGAACUGCUUUUGAUACGGUGGGUUACCUUGCCUCGGGUGUAAGUUCUGACUGGGUGAAAAAAUCUUUAAAUGUCCCUUACACAAUAACUAUCGAGCUUCCCGAUCAAGGUUUCUACGGGUUCGCGUUGCCCAAGGACAGAAUUUUGCCCACAUGUGAGGCCACUAUGGACUCCAUACUACCCUUCCUGAUGGCCCCGAAAAAAGGUGCUAAGCUUAGACACAAAGAUCCAUUCAAGGUGUAG